ACCCUCUGUAAUCAGCGUGUCCUUGGCACAUUCUUCCCUAAUGAUGCCGGAUGUGUUGUUACUGGCUCCUGUAUAAAUUUGCUAUGACUUUCCCUGGACGCACUUGCCUCUAAGGACUCCUGCUUGUCAUGAUGAAAGCUUUUCUGGACAGCCUCACGAUUUUCGCCACCUUCGUGACUUUAUGCAAUACCCAGUGCUAUUUCAAGCCUAACACAUACUUUCCAAAUGAUGUCUCUAAUGAAUGCAAAGAAUCCAAUGGAGUCACACACUCGCUGAACUCAAGGUGGAGGACUGACAACUGUGAGACGUGUUUUUGUAGCCAAGAAGGAAUUGAUUGUUGCAACAUGGUUGCUAAACCGGUGAAUUAUGACACAGUCAAGUGUGAAAAAAUCCUCAACAAGGAAACCUGCACCUAUACAGUGGUGGAGCGGGAGGACCCAGAAAAGACUUGUGAUGUCAGUGAUUGGCUUGUAUAAUGUGCUUCCAGUAGGUCUGGGUCUCCCAGCCAGAGGGGGCCCUGGUCAGGCCUCCUUGUUCUAUGGCUUCUAACAGUCUCUGAUUAUGUAACCCUUCCUAUCAGUAAAAUCAUAUUGAGCAAACACUUGAA